GUAAAAAAAAAAUUAUUCGACAGUUGAAGAUGAACAUGAUAGAACUUCGUUUAUGAAAAUUAAAUUAGAGGAAUUAUCUUUUUACUCAUAUUGCAUAAUAUAAUUAUAAAUAAUUUUAUCUGAAAUAAAAUGGUCAGAGGAAGUGCACGAAUUAAAGCUGGUGGUAUAAAUAUGGCUCAAGAUGGUCCACAAAUUAUCAAACCUCUAACAUUAAAUAUGAGUUUAUUUCAAUUUUUAAGAACUGGUUAUUUUGAAAAAGAUCUAUUAACUUAUUGUGCUAAUCGUCUUGCUGAAUAUUCAUGUAUAUAUUGGCUUGAUCCUACAGUGAAUGGAAAUAGUGAUUCAAUGGAAUCGAACUUGGCGUUUACAACAAUGACUACUACUUCAACAAAAGCACAAUUGACAAAAUAUCCAAAUGACUUUCUUAAUCAAACAUCAAUGGAAAAUAUAAUAAAUUUAAAAACUAAUAAAUUCAUCAAUCAAAAUAAUACAUUAAAUGAAACAUUGAUUAAUUCAUUCAAUAUACAUAAAUCAAUAAAAUCGAUUGAAUUUGAAAAUGAAUCAAUAAUAUUACAUAAUAAUCAAAUAUCAAUAAAUCAAUUAAUGAUUCCAUUAAUUCUAUUUGCAUUAAUUAUAAAUUUUCUAAUAAUCAAUACAAUAAUAAAAAUAUUAUAUAAACAAAUACCAUGGAUAAUAUUUUUAUUUUAUAUUAUUAUACUGGAUCAAUUUGAUUUAUUGAUCUGUAUUAUUGAUCUUAUUAUUGAAUCAUAUUAUGAAAUUAAAUUAUUUAUUAUCAUACAAUUUUUUGGACGUUUUUAUUGUCAAAUUAUACCAAUGUUAUAUAAUUUAAUAAAACAUAUACAUUCAAUAUUAUAUAUAAUUUUUACAAUUGAAACAAUCAAAUUAUAUUUGUAUCCAUGGCAACAAUUAAAUAAGUCAUUCAAACAAAUAAAACAAUUUAUACAAAAUAUAUUGAUAUUAAUCAUUGUUAUAACAAUUAUAUUAAAUUGUCAAUUUAUAUGGACAUAUGAUUUAUCAAAAUUAGAAACAUUUAUAUUACAUGAACGUAUAUUACAUAAUAUAUAUAAAUGUGAUUUUGCAUUAACAUGGAUAUUAAGUCCAAUAUUUUUAAAUUAUAUAUGGCCAUUAAUAGAUCAUAUAAUUGGUGAUAUAUUACCAUGUAUCAUAUGUUUAUUUAGUGGAUUAAUUAGCUAUAUAUUAUAUCGAUUUCAAGUAAACAAAUAUCAGAAAGAAAUCAAUAAUAAGUUCGAUGAUCAUCAUAAUAGUAGUCAAGAGAAAUAUUUAACUAUAUUCAUCAAUGAUAAUAAUAAUAAUAAUGAACAAAGAUAUAAUAAAAAUUAUUUAUCAUAUAUUAGAUGGAUUAUGAAAAUAAUUCGAGUAUUUAAUUUAAUUUGUAUUAUUCAUGGAAUAUUUUUGAUACCACGAUGUUUAUAUUAUUUAAUGAAAUAUUUCUUUUUUAUCAGUAAAGUAACAAAUCGUAAUAAUGUACAUAAUCAUGAAUUAGAUGAUUUUCAAAAUCAAACAGAUCAAGGACUAUUGAAUACUAUCGGUUAUAUUAUGGAAUUAUUAAAACCUUAUGAAAUUUAUUUAAGUAACUAUGAGUCUGCAUUACGUUUUAUAAAUUUUAUUGAAAUAUAUAUAAGAGCUAUUAUUCUGUUAUUUGGUAUAAAAGAAUUUAAAUCAAAUCUUUAUACACAUUUAACUACAAUCAUAAAUUAUUGUAAACGAUUAUCAUUAUGUAAUCUAUAUGAUGUGAUUCCAAAAAAAUGUACAAACGUUCCAUUCAUAAAUUAUGGGAAGAAAGUAUUUAUCCGAAAUUCUGGUCAUCAAGCUAAAUCUGUGCAUGGAACUACUACUGAUUUACCACUGAAUUAUGAAAAAGUCAAUGAAGAUGUUGUAGAAAUGUCGGAAUAUUUACACAAGAAAAACUGUAGCUCUGGUGAUCUCAGCAAUGAUAAUACUAAUAAUAGUAAUGAACAAAAGAAAAUACCUUCUUUCGUAGAAUAUGGCAACACAAUGAAUUCACAAACCUCUUUAAUUACUAAUACCCAGUUUAAUCAUACUACUUAUAAAUAUAAAUGUAAUGAAUCGAAUACAAUAAAAAUUAAUAAAUUCACAUCUAAUCUUAAUAUUAAUUCAAAAUAUGAUUGGUAUAAUUUGAAAAAAUAUAAAUCAAAUUCAAAAAAUCAUAAUUUUAAUGAUAUUUCAAAUUUUGAAUUAUUUAGAAAAAAAUAUCAGAUUAUUUAUUUAUAA